AUGCUGACCGAUUCGAGAGGGGCGGCAAUGGUGGACAAGGGCACAAGGCAUUGUCGAUACUGUCGGUGCUAUCGAGCAAUGCUGAAGCGAAAGCGGCGAUCGUGA